UAUUUCCAUGGAUGUUUUGGACUUGGAAUUCCCUUUUGAGCUCAUUUACCUCUUGGCUAAAGAAUGAGAAACCAGUAUCGACAUACUUUUCAAUUUUGACAAACCAAUUUUAAGGAGAAUCCUCAAAUUUUAUACACUAUGGGAGUCAUUUUUUGGUUGUUCCUGUGGUUUUUAUGUGUGCCAGAUAUUUAUGUGUAUGCCUUGGAACACUGGAUUCCUAGACCUUUUCCCUUGGUUCUUUCCUGUAUUUCAUUUCUCUUACACUAAUGCAUGUUCUGAAGCACAUUCCUUGCGGGUCUACAUGUUUUGUCCAACUCACAUGCUGCAAAGAAUUUGGGUAUGAUGAUGUUGAAUAUCAAUUACCCUGACGCAUAAUUCUCUUGCUUGUGAGUGGCUCCUGGAGGUACUUAUGGGAAUGGUACAAGCGCCAUUGGCGGUGCUUCUUCAGGCCUUGCCAGCACAACAGUGGACAAAUUUGUGGAAUUCUCUUAUGAAGAACUUGCGAAGGCAACUAAUGACUUCAAUAUUGCUAAUAAGAUUGGCCAAAGGGGGAUUUGGGGCCGUUUACUACGCUGAGUUGCGAGGCGAGAAAGCUGCAAUCAAGAAGAUGGCUAUGCAAGCUUCAAGAGAGUUUCUUGCUGAGUUGAAGGUUUUAACACAUGUUCAUCACCUAAACCUGGUGCAUUUGAUAGGGUGUUGUGUUGAGGGCUCUCUUUUCCUAGUCUAUGAAUAUAUUGAAAAUGGCAAUUUGAGUACGUGGAUCAGGCAAUGAACCCCUGCCCUGGUCUACCAGAGUGCAAAUCGCACUUGACUGGGCGAGAGGACUUGAAUACAUGCAUGAGCAUACGGUUCCUGUCUAUAUACAUCGUGACAUAAAAUCAGCAUAUAUAUUGAUAGACAAGAACUUCCAUGGCAAGGUUGCAGAUUUUGGUUUAGCAAAGCUGACUGAGGUUGGGGUGUCACUGCCAACAUGUCUUGUGGGAACAUUCGGAUACAUGCCACCAGAGUAAGAUAACUUUGAUGUUUACUAAUGGUAAAGUAAAAUCAACUCCAAUUAUAAACCAUGGGAUUUGGGAUGUUUUGCGAGAGAGGUGCUGCUUUAUGUUUUCCUUAGUAAACCGGUCUGAUUUAUUUUUGCACUCUUCUAUGUGAACCAGAACAAGUCCACACUUCAUGAAAGUUGUUGACAUAGUGAAAAUGAUUUUCUACACUAAUUUUGUGGGAUGACAUAGUUCAGCCUUGAAGGAAAGAUAGGUGUAAAUUCAUUAGACAAUACCAAAAUUGAUGUGUCUAAGUAAAUCAAUCUUAAACUCAUGCAAGCACCACGUGCAAGUACAGUCCUGAGUUUGAUUAUAUUAGAGAGUUCUGACACAAAUAUAUGUUUGUUUUAUUUGUAAUAUUAUCACUUGAGACUUGAUAGUUCCUUCUGUUUAAUUGAUGUGGUGUUCCCUUUAAUUGAUGUUACUUGACCAACCAUUUUUACAUUCAGCUUUAUACACUAUACAGGGCCGUACACUUCCUACCUUAACUUCUUGUUAUAUGUAAUAAUCACCCUUUGAUGCCGUCAUCGGCUUAGAUCAGUAGAUUGCUUACUGAAGUGGCAAGCCUUUAAUCACUGCACUCUAUGUUAAGCACUGGUUGUGAGCUACUGAGCUUCAAUGAAUUGAUCUAUCAAUCAUUUUCUACCUUUAAUACUUGGCUAAAAAAUUUAGUUCAGUAUAAAAUGAAAUAAAGUGCAUAGCAUUCUCCUCUCCAUUUGCAUGAAGCCUUGGGUGAUUUGGAGUUGAAGACUUCCAGAUUCUCCAUCCUCUUAUGGAUUACCACUUUUGUUGAUGCUAUGCUAUGGAAAAGGCCUAACUUUAUUUGAAGCUAAAAGCAUUUCUGGAUUGAGUUUGUAAUUGUCCAUGAGUAUAUGUCGGAUUCACUUUUUAGCUUUUGGAGCCCGAUUAAGGUAUGAAGAAAUACAUCAUUGUCCACUCAUAGUGCAAUUAGAUGAUUCCGAAUGGAUGAGAAUAUUAUUUUGACUAUUAGAGUUUUAUUGUGUGCAAAGAAUCCCCUUGAUUAACAUUAUUUUCGGAGUUAAUCGCACUGAUCUUAUGAACAUUUCAUAGUCUUGAGAAACCUAUUUUCAUCCUUUGUUAAAUGCUCGUACUGAAAAAAAUCAAUUCAUUUUUUUACUUGGCAUCUUAAGAUCAGACAUGAGCUUGAGUAAUAUAUGAAAAAGUGAACUUCCAGAAUGACUGAAGUGUUGAGACGUAAAAAACAUGACCACAGUUGUAGUUAGAAAGGGUAUUUUGCCUCCUUUAGAUCCUGAAAAAAAAAAUUGAAACGAACAUUAGUAUAUUCAUUUCCUGAGCAAACAAGAUUUCUCUAACAAUACAAUUUUUGAGAUAUUAUGCCCAAGGUGGCUGGCUAGAUCUUUGGGAUUAAGAAAUGAAUAUCCGUUCGAAUAUAUUAUGGUUUUGACUGAUAUGAUGUCUCUUUUUGUUUGCUGAUAUCUUUUUAGUAGAUUCAUUUCCUGGGUGAACAGGAUUUCUAACAAUACAAUUUUUGACAUAUUAUGCCCAAGGUGGCUGACUGGACCUUUGGGAUUAAGAAUAUAUUAUUGUUUUGACUGAUAUGAUGUCUCU